UUAUAACUAGACAAAAGUUCGGCUUUGCAGUGCCUCUGAUUUUUUCACGCUCUUCUUCUUUUCUUUUCUCUCUCUUUACUUGGUUUGUGUGCAAUGCAUGAACCAAUGAUACCAACUUAUCGUUAUUCAGUGGUGUCUUCUCCUAUGUCUAUAGAUCUCAAUGAAGAUCAAGAUCAUACACACACUCUCUUCAGCACAAUCCAUCAAGCCUCUUCUUCAUCUUCUUCUUUAUCUACUUCUGUUCUCUUCAACCCAGAUCAGGAUCAAGGACGAUUUUGCUACUGUGAAUCAAAACACCUUCAAGAGGCCCAGAAGAUUGUCUGUUUCAGUGGAUCAUGGGAUAAUCCAGCAGAAAAGAUUGAAAACGGAAGUGAUCUCAAGCUUAGACUUUGGAAGAAAGAAGAGUGUGACGGUCUUCUAGGCGAAGACAGUUCAACUAACUGGAUGCCUCCAAAGAUGAGAAUGGUGCGGAAAAUUAUGGUUUCAGAUCAAACAGUUUCUCAUAUAGCAGACAUCUCUAACUCUAAGCAGAUCAAGGCUAAAGAGAAAAACCCAACACUGUCACAGCUGGUAACUGAUGAUAGUAACUAUAACUCUUCUUCAAACAAGAACAGUGCCACUGCUAGGGUUUGUGUCGAUUGCCACACCAGUAAGACCCCUCUCUGGAGGACUGGACCAACAGGCCCAAAGUCACUUUGCAAUGCUUGUGGAAUUCGACAAAGGAAGGCAAGACGCGCCAUUGCUGCUGCAGCUGCAACAACAACAGGAAAUGGAACAAAUAGGUCGGAGGCUAAGAAAUCUGAAGCGAGGAAGGGGAAAAAAUUGCGUAGCAAAGGGAAAAAGUCCAAAACUGGGGGUGCACCAGUACCAUUGAAAAAGAAGCAUAAACCUGCGAAGCAUAGAAAGAAGUUCGGUGCUUUUGAGGAUUUGUCAGUAAGAUUCCAACAAGUUUUUCCUCAGGAUGAGAAAGAAGCUGCAAUCUUGCUCAUGGCUUUAUCUCAUGGAUUACUUCAUGGCUUCCCCUCAGAUCGCUACCUCUCUUAGAGUUACAAGACUGGUUUUUCGAAAUCAUAAGACCAUAAUUCUCAGUGUUGUGGUAAAUUUAGUGAAGUUAGUACGGGAACUGAUAAUAGGGACAAUAAAAUAAAAUCAUGAGGUGUGGUUUUCUCAAGUUGGUUUUGAACAUGAAGACAAAAUACAAAAUAAUAAUAGUGUAAUAUGCGUUUCAAUAAUUUGAUGAUUCCUUAUGAA